UAUAAUGAAAUACAUAUGCAGGGAACAGAGCAUGCAGAAGCCAUAUUUCUAGAGCUACCAGAGCCAGAAGAGGCAUAUUUUAGCCCUCGAGCUUUCGAGAAAAUGAAGAAGUUGUGGUUGCUCGUCCUGGUUAAUGUGGAUAAAGACAAUUCUUUCCCAGAUUCCAUCCGUCUCCCUAAUGCGUUAAUGUGGUUUCAAUGGCCUAAUUGUCCCUUGGUUCCAGAAUUCAGCAAGGGUCCAAAGAAGUUAGUUGGACUUGAUAUGCGGAAGAGCAAGAUUAAGGUGCCGGAACAAUUUAAGGACUUUAAAAAAUUGAAGUUCAUAAACUACAGUGAAUGCGAGUCACCGAUUCAUAUGCCGGACCUCAAAUGUAUUCCAGAUCUAGAGGAAUUGGAUCUCCAUGGGUGCAAAAACUUGGAGCAUGCCCACGAAUCACUUGCAGAUCACAACAAUUUACAGUUGUUGAAUUUAAGUGGGUGCUCUAAACUUCAUGAUUUCCCCAAAAUGCUCCGGUCCAAGAAGCUUCAACUUCUCAAUCUUAAUCUUUGCUCAAAAUUGGAAAGCUUCCCUGAAAUUCCAGAUAAAAUGGAAGGCUUGCGAGGACUUUAUUUAAUUAAGACUUCAAUUGAGAAACUUCCCAAGUCCAUAGAAAAUCUUGUUUCCUUGGAGGAAAUGGAUUUAAGGUAUUGCACGAAACUGAGAAUCCUUCCAUCUAGCAUUUAUAGGUUCCAAAAUCUGGAAAGGCUGAUACUUGAAGGUUGCUCAGGACUAGUCGAGUUUCCAAAGAAUGGGGAGGAUCCGAAGGAUCCCCAUAUGAAGACAGGAUUUCCUAAGCUAUAUGUUUUAAACCUUCGUGGAUGCAAUUUAUCAAAAGUAGACUUCUUGGAGAGUUCCUGUUUUCCUGUCUUAAGAGCAUUGUAUUUGUUGGGAAACAAUUUUGCUACCCUUCCUACAUGCGGACAACUCCAUAAUUUGCUGUGGUUGGAUGUUUCGCAUACCCAACAACUACAAGAGAUCCCCAAGAUGCCAGGGCAAUUGCGUCGUCUAUAUGCAAUUGGUUGCGAAUCUCUGAGUAAAUUUCCCCCCGACACAUUCGAAGUUCAAGGAAUUUCGUCCCAAAACCGAUUGCCGAGUUAUUCUACCUCGAGGAGAGAUGCCAGCAUCUUUGCUCCCUGAUAAAGAGACGUAUCUUCCAUGACUUCGGAGGACUUGUACAAGAAGUUCGUAAGAUUGGCCUUAUUGUGUUGUAUGCCAAGUAGAAGGAGGAAAAUAAGACGUCAAAUUUAAGCUUGAAGCACAAGUUAAUGGGGAAACAAUGAUGCAAGACGAUUGCUUUCAGUUCAUUCUAUUCGGAUCAUUUGUGGCUUGAGUAUAUUAUCGAACCACAGGACAUUAUUGGAACUCAAAGUAACUUACCAUCUUGUUUUUCCCUUUCUUCAUGAUUAUGUGUGGUUAUUUAUC